AUGGACCGCUUGGACGACUUGCCCGUGGUCGUGCUGCUCAACCUGCUGAGCUUCCUGCACGACAAUUUAGCAAUCAAGCUCUUGUCCAGAGAGGAUCUAGCCACUAACCGUCGGAAUGGAGCAGCGAUCCGCAACCUUGCAGCAGUUUCCAAGUCUUGGGAGUCCGCGAUGGAAGACGUUGAAAGUCAUUUUCGUGACUCGAUGGUGAUAUUCAAGUUUCAGCGAGAUCCUUCCGCCGACAUUAAAAAUGGAGGCGAGGAGCGCAUUGAAAUCGCCACAGGAGCUAAUGGCCAAAUGAGUUCAACGAAUGCUGCACCUUCCGGGGGCAUUUGGCAGCUCAUGUGGGGACUUUUCUCGUGUUCUUCAUACAGUCGCCCGACUCGGAGUUUAUUGGAAGAAAACGAAUCGAGAGCAUUGGUCACGCCGCAGAGUGAGGAGAUGCAGGCACAAAGUAAAGCGCAACAUAUUGACAACGAGCUGAAACGCUUAUUGGAAGAGAUUACUAUGGCGAAGCAAUCACGACAGCGAAUUGAGCUCUGGAUGAACGACCCAUUUGACGUUACGAUUCAUGACAGUGGCAAAGUUGAUGAAGACAAAAUGUUGCAGUCCUGGGAAGACAUAUUUUCCAAUUACCAAUAUCUUGAGCGUCUGGACUUGUCAGGUAUACCCAUGGAGUCGGAUCAUCUCGUAUCGCUUUUGGUGGCUAUGAGUAAAAAUUGUGCAAACCUAAAGGAAUUGGUGAUGCCACAACAAACACAUUUGAUGCACAGACGGCGAUCUGUUCACAACGUGCUUGAAGCGCUCCAUGCUGCAUUGGCAUCGUUGGAUGCAUUGUCUCGAUCACGUUCAGUUAAAGAAUGUGGAUUGAAGAAACUCGUUCUCUCUUCGUUAUUCCCAAAUGAAAAUGUGGAUGCUACUGCUGCCAUGAUCGGUAAAUAUUGCCCACACUUGGAACAUAUCGAAGGACUAAGACUCGCAGCAUACACAAGAAAGAGACAACUCACCAGUGUCGAAAUGAGGCGGUUAAGUCUUCAAAGUUGGGAGGCGUUUUGCAAGGGAUGUAGCCACUUGAAGUCGUUGAACUGGUGCAGCUUACCAUGCAGCGAGGAAAUGUUUGCCAUUUUUGCUUUGUAUCCAAAACUUGAGCUGAAAUCGCUGGUACUACCGGGAAAUACUGCGCUAUGGAGAAGAGAAUACGUUCUUCAAGAGCGACACCACGUCGAACCGCUCUCGCCGUCGAAUCGAUUCGCUCCAGUACUUAACGGCUGCCCGAGACUUACAUCACUGGAGGUCCUUUUGUCAGAUAUGCAGGGAGAGACUGUCCAUUACUAG